AUGGUUCAAGUGAUCAAAGUCAACCUAGCUUCAAGAAGAAGGUUUCAGGUCAAGAAGAACCUAUUGGGUGCUAAAGUGAAAUUGGAGAAAGGAGGUGGUUUUCAAAAUGGCAACACUACAUGUGAUACUGGGAAGAGGCACUAUGGGGAAUGCCUAUUGGGUACCGGAGUUGCUUUGGAUGUGAGGAAUCCUCUAAAUUCAAAUAAUAUCUUUCUACACUCCAUCAAAAGCCUAAUUGAGACAAAUCAGCUCUUACUGUUCUCCGAUCAUUACUCUUCCUGCGGGAAUGGCUAUGCUAGACGUGUGGUCGAUGGCUUGGGAGUACCUUUUGAUGGAAAGGGGGAUCUAAUCGAUCACGAGCGAAGACAUGUUAAAGUGAAAGCCCCUGGGAUUAUUGAACGUAAAUCAAUGCAUGAGACUAUGAAAACAGGUUUAAAAGCGGUAGAUAGCCUGGUUCGUAUAGGUCGUGUUCAACGAGAACUUAUAAUUGGGGACCGACAAACUGGAAAAACUGUUAUUGCUAUCAAUACCAUAUUAAACCAAAAGCAACUGACCUCAAGGGCCACCUAUGAGAGUGAGACAAUGUGUUGUGUAUAUGUAGAUAUUGGACGGAAACGCUCAACUGUGGAACAAUUAGUUCAAAUUCUUUAA